AUGUCAAGAAGUUUGUUCCUUCGUAUUGUUGAUGCAGUGAAAGAUCAUGACUAUUACUUCCAACAACAAAGUGAUGGACUUGGUAGAAUGGGAUUAUCACCGUUACAGAAAGUAACAGCUGUUUUUCGCAUGUUGGCAUACGGUCUACCAGCUGAUGCUACGGACGAAUACGUUAAAAUAGGUGAGUCAACAUCAAUUGAAAGUAUGACAAAAUUUCGUCGUGCUAUGGUGGAAAUAUUCGUAGAGCGGUAUCUACGAACACCUAACGCUAAUGAUAUUGCUAGGCUACUCUAUAUUGGAAAAAAACGUGGUUUUCCAGGAAUGUUAGGAAGUCUUGAUUGUAUGCAUUGGAAAUGGAAAAAUUGUCCAACAGCAUGGUCUGGGCAAUACACAGGACGUAGUGGGUCACUAACUAUUUUCCUCGAAGCUGUGGCAGAUUAUGAUCUUUGGAUAUGGCAUGCAUAUUUUGGUAUGUCAGGCACCAAUAAUGAUAUCAAUGUGCUGGAGUCAUCUAAUCUUUUCUCUAACCUAGCUCAAGGUAUUGCUCCUCCCGCUCACUAUGUUAUUCAAGGAAAAGAGUAUAAUAUGGGUUAUUAUUUAGCUGAUGGUAUAUAUCCGAAAUGGGCUACUAUUGUACAAACAAUCCAACAGCCACAAGGUAGGAAGAAAAAAUAUUUUGCCAUGAAACAGGAAGCAUGUAGAAAAGAUGUAGAACGUGCGUUCGGAGUUCUCCAAUCACGAUUUGCAAUCGUGGCAGGAUCAGCACGUUUUUGGAAAAAACAUGUAUUACAUGACAUAAUGACUGCAUGCAUUAUUAUGCACAAUAUGAUAAUCGAGGAUGAACGUGAUCUUUAUGCACCAAUUCAAGAAGUGAGGGAAGCACCAACACCAGAAGUUGAUAUGGUAGCAGAUGAAACUACAAGAUUUACUCAAUUUAUUGCACGUUACGGAAAAAUCAAGGAUAAAGAUGCUCAUAUUGCGCUUCGUAAUGCAUUGAUAGAUCAUCUAUGA